AUGACUUCGGCAUAUGUCGAUUCAGACGCGCACAUGGGUGGUGGACACGGCCAGCAGCAGCAGCAACAUAUGUCGGAUGCAGACUUGCAUGGGCUGGAGCACAAGAUCCAGCAAGGAAUUCAACAGCUUCACCAAAGCGGCGACAUGAUACAUACCAGCGGCCCGCCGCAGACCCAAUACCCGCAGAUGGCUCAGAUGGCUCCAGCCAUGAACGCGCAUCAGCAUUUCCAGCAGCCCCCGCGACCGGCGCACUCUCCACAACAGAUGGCGAAUGCUGUCAUGAGCUUGGGGGAACACCACGAUCCGUAUGACCCUAGCGAUCCAAGUCGCAAGCGGUCGAAAGUGUCGCGAGCCUGUGAUGAGUGUCGGCGCAAGAAGAUUCGGUGCGAUGCGACCAGCGAGAACGGACCGGAAGCAUGCUCAAGCUGUAAGAGGACUGCUGCGCGCUGCCAGUUCAGCAGGCAGCCAAUGAAGCGUGGGCCCAGCAAAGGGUAUAUCAAAGAACUGGCCGACCGAUUGAAUUCGCUUGAGAGCCAGAUCCAGCAUCCUCAAAGCACUCCUCAAAACUACGACUUUGGAAGCAUGGGUGAUCAGAACUUUGCAGACACUCAAAGUCCACCCCAAUUCACUCGAAAGCGUACUCACUCUAUGGCACAAGGAUUCAACGAGGCACCCAGUCGCCCCAGCUGGUCCAGCCAGGAUCGCGGUAACGAUCACCCGCUUGAGCAACGCAUGCUCUCAUUGCUGACUCCUCAAGAAUCAUCACUCAAUGGCAAUCGUCGCACCUCAUUUGGGGAGAUGACCCUAGCCGGCAGUCUGAUUACUGGCUCCAAUGAGGGAACUCUCAAAGCAUAUUACAACAUCGUACAUCCUACAUUGCCAAUUCUGCCCCAUGACUCUUCAUCAUUAAAUCGCCUCACCCACUGCCCCCCGAAGUUGCGAGAAGCUUUCUUCCUAUCCCUCGAAGGCUGCAUCCGUUCAAUUGCUUCAAAGGCCUUACCUCAAAUUGAGCUCAGCCUGAACCAACUUCUGCAUCAAUGCUGCGCCUCUGUAGACGAAGCAAAGUACAUCUUGAGUGACGCUGAUAGCACACGACAAUUCUACAACAACCUGGUCUAUUGUCAGUCUCUUAUGUUGCUUGCCGUUGCGUCCGAUCGACCAGGACCUGGCACCGUAGGUAGUACAGCUCAACUACUUGGCCAAAUUGCAGGUUUCAUCACCGAGAUGGGAUUGAACGACUCACGAGCUCUGAGUGUACUGAGGGAUCAAGACCAGGAAGUCUUCCAGACAGCACGCCGUGUUUUUUGGACCGCGUUCAUUCUGGAUCGCUUCCAUGCAUCCAGUCGAUCAAAGGACAUAUUGCUUCCGUUGUAUCCAGGCUCUCUAUCCCGUGACGAUUACUCGGCUCUUGGCGAGGUUGGUUAUCAUCUUGCUCGCGCUGCCAAGAUUGUGGGGCAGGUCGCUUUCGUCAACCGAGCGGGCACCGUUCCCAAUCUCGAACCCUCGUCGUCUCUUAGUUUCACAGAGGUAACGGCGACGUCACCGCAAUCGAUAUAUCUCGAUGGACAAAUCACGGGCUUCCAAGAAUCCAUCGAUAUCGUCAAUAUGACUGGCAGCUCUCCUCCCCAUCUCGCUCACCAGUACCUUCGUGUAUUCGUAGCACGGCUUGCCCCUCAAACUGUCACCUCCACCCAAACUCUCAAUCUUACAAAAGAGUUGCUGACCAACCUGGCGGAUGGGGCGAUAACUCCACUCCACCAUAUAUUUGCGAGUCUCGUUGCAACAUCGCUCACUGAGUUGUCUAAUAGAGUAGAGACACAGGUUGACGCACACGCCGGCAUCAAGGAGAUGAGCGAUGCUCUGUCGAACGGCCAAAUCAUACAUCGGAGUCCGGACGGCCUGGGCUGGGACACUGCAAUUCGAGAGCUGUUGUUGCAGAAGAAGGCUUCAUUGUCGCCUUUCAAUGCUUUAGAUCAAACAAAAUCUGCGCCACAGCCGAACAUGGUUGGCCUGCAACACCUUGCUGCAGCCGCCGUGGAACGCGAGGGCGCUGACGCGCGUCCGAUCAGUAGCGGUGGCAACGGUACUCCUUCCCAGCCGUCGAAAGAAGAUGACGAUCUUUCGGCUGCUAUGGCUGCUGCGAAUGAGGCUGCAAAGGCCCAGGAGUUUGCUGCUGCCGCGCAACAGCAGAUGUCCGCGUCGCCAAAUGGUAAUGGCGGGAAUAACUUUGAUUCCAGUGGGUUGAAACAAGAUACUUUCAUGGCGUCUUCCUGA